AUGUUUAAAAAGGUAUUGGAUUCAGCAAAGGCAUCGAUUGUUGAGUUGGUCGAGGAACCAGAGGACAUCAAUGUUGCUAGAGCACAGAUCAAGAAUAUGAAGUGGAGCAUAAAGUUGUUGAUUGAGAACUCAAAGAACUACUGUCUCUUUGGAGACAAGUCAUUUCAACAAGCUACAGCUUUGGCAAAUAUAAUGGGAAGGUUUGGAGAGAAGACUUCGCAUACAAACUAUAUAUCAAAUCAGACUGUACCUUUGUCAGUGUCAUUGAUGGAGGUUGGAUCAUGUGUUAAGGACAGCGCACUGUUGUUCCAACAGUAUAAUAUCGGUUUCUACGAUCGUCUACAUAAUCAACUGAUGGCUAUUUACGCUGGCAACGUCAAGAAGGUGAUCGCUACCGAGACACAGCACGAUGAUAUGCGCUCCAAGUUCAGCGCAGCCGUUUACAACCUGAAGCACGCUCAAAAGUCUGGCAAGCAGGUGUCUGAGAAGCAGGCCGAGCACGACACGCAGAAGAUGCUGUACGAUCAGUCGUGCGCCAACCUCUUGUCUCAGGUCCACGAGAUGGUACGCUUCGUCCAGCGCGAGGUGGCCGUCGCACUCAGACAGUUUGUCGUGGAACAGAAGCGAUUCAUCGAUGAGGGCAUUCGCAUGUGGAUGGCCGCCGAGGGCAAGAUCUUUGGCGUCGAGUCGCCAACGUUUUCAUCACAGCACUCUGGCUUGGAGCCACCACAACCGUACCAGCCACCAAUCACACUGGACAAGAUGACGAUUGAGGAGCAAGACCAUCAUGAGCCGGCACCAUUCGAGCCUGUGCCCGAGACAUACGAGCAGAUGCAUCAAUCGGCUGGCGUACAGCAUCAAGAGACAUACUUGCCACCAACUCACGAACCCAAUCCAUUCGACGAUGCCAACCCAUUCGAAACAUAA